UCUACAGUUCCUGCUGGACUUUACCAGUCUGCUAAAGCAGAGCAGAGGCCCAUGGCACCACGAGUCUUGCUCCUCUGUCUGCUAGGCCUGGCAGUCACUGAAGAGCAUGGCCCAGAGGCAGCCAUCCCAGGCUGCCACUUGCACCCCUUCAACGUGACAGUGCGGAGUGAUCGCCACGGCACCUGCCAGGGCUCCCAUGUGGCACAGGCGUGUGUAGGGUACUGUGAGUCCAGUGCCUUCCCUUCCCGGUACUCUGUGCUGGUGGCCAGUGGCUAUCGGCACAACAUCACGUCUGCCUCCCAGUGCUGCACCAUCAGCAGCCUCAAAAAGGUGAGGGUGUGGCUGCAGUGCAUGGGGAACCAGCGUGGGGAGCUUGAGAUCUUCACUGCCAGGGCCUGCCAGUGUGAUAUGUGCCGUCUCUCCCGCUACUAGUCCCUGAAGGGCUCAGGCUCCAGUCCUGCCACUGACAUGUCAUGGAUCUCUCAAACUUGGGCUCUGACCCUCUUUAGCGUCUGUGGAGAUGGGGUUUUGCCUCCUUUUACCUGGCCCUCUCAGCCGUCUCAUUGCUACAUUCUCCUUUGCUCCUGUCCUCAAUAAAGCAAGCAGUGCUUGA